AUGGGCGGCGGCGGCGGGUUCCGGGGCAGCUGCAGGGUUGGGGCCGUCCUGCUUUUCUCCGCCUGGGUCGCGCUUGCAGCGCUCAGCCGCCUGCUGCGCCCGGUGCCCAAUGGCUGCGUCAUGACCUACAUGUACCCGACCUACAUCCCCAUCGCCGCCACGCCCCGGAACAUCUCCUCGGAUAGGUAUGGAUUGUUCCUGUACCACGAGGGCUGGAAGCAGAUCGACUUCGCCAAGCACAUUAGGGGACUUAGGGGCGUGCCCGUGCUCUUCAUUCCCGGCAAUGGAGGAAGCUACAAGCAGGUUCGGUCAUUGGCUGCAGAAUCUUUUCGAGCGCAUCAGAAUGGUCCGCUUGAGCUCACCUUUUAUCGGGAAGCAUCUAGCACUUUACCAGCAGAUGAACUUAAAGAUUUUUCGAUUCCUUCACGGUAUGGCCGCAUGUUGGAUUGGUUUGCUGUUGACCUUGAAGGAGAACACUCUGCAAUGGAUGGUCGGAUACUUGAGGAGCAUACUGAAUAUGUUGUCUAUGCAAUUCACAGGAUCCUUGACCAAUACAAAGAAUCACAUUUGGAGAGAUCAAAGGGUGGUGCUCAAUCCUCUCAUGACCUGCCAUCCAGUGUUAUACUUGUUGGCCAUUCAAUGGGUGGUUUUGUGGCUCGAGCAGCUGUAGUCCACCCAAACCUGAGGAAAUCAGCAGUGGAAACUAUACUGACACUUUCCAGCCCACACCAGUACCCUCCCAUCGCACUUCAGCCAUCCUUGGGUCAUUUUUUCUCCCAUGUCAAUGAAGAAUGGAGAAAGGGAUACGGGACUGGUGUAUCGCAUGCAAGCAAUUCAAAAUUAUCUAAUGUGGUUGUUGUCUCUGUAUCAGGUGGCAUUCAUGAUUAUCAGAUUAGGUCAAGGUUGGCAUCAUUGGAUGGAAUUGUGCCUUCUACACACGGCUUUAUGGUAGGAAGCUCCAGUAUGAAGAAUGUUUGGUUAUCCAUGGAGCACCAAUCUAUCCUAUGGUGUAAUCAAUUAGCUGUACAGGUUGCACACACUCUUCUUAGCAUAAUAGAUCCUGUUGACAGACAUCCAUUUUCAAGCACACAAAAAAGAGUUUUUGUGUUCACAAAAAUGCUCCAAAGUGCAGUUCCUCAGUCUUUGAGUUCAAUGGCUCACGUUCCUGCUUCUCUGUCACAAACUUUACCUGCCAAUGAGAACCAGGAUGCUGGUGAACUACACAAAAAAGGUUCACUUUCUUGCCCACCAUCCACUCAAUGGACUAGUGAUGGCCUUGAAAAGGACCUGUAUAUCCAGUCAAAUUCAGUUACUGUUUUAGCCAUGGAUGGCAGGAGAAGAUGGUUAGAUAUUAAAAAGCUGGGAUCAAAUGGUAGAGGACACUUUGUUUUUGUAACAAAUCUUGCCCCUUGUUCUGGAGUAAGGAUUCACUUGUGGCCAGAAAAACAUCAUUCACCUGUGCAAAAUGAAUUACCUGCCAGUAAAAAGAUAGUGGAAGUUACAUCAAAGAUGGUCCAAAUUCCUGCAGGACCUGCUCCAAAACAGGUUGAACCUGGGAGUCAAACUGAGCAACCAACUCCUUCUGCAUUUCUACUACUGAGUCCAGAAGAAAUGAGUGGUUUCGGCUUCAUGACUAUAUCAGUAGCACCUCGACCGACUAUUUCAGGUAGGCCUCCACCAGCAGCCUCUAUGGCAGUGGGGCAGUUCUUUAAUCCUGAGGAAGGGGCAAGUGCACUUUCUAUUGGAACAAUCAUCCGCUCCAGUUUUGCUCCUGAAGAAAUAUUUCUGUUGGAGGAUCACCCAUUGGCUCUAAACUUGUCAUUUUCUGCAAGCCUUGGCCUUCUACCAGUAACUUUAUCACUGAAAACUGCUGGAUGUGGAAUAAAAAAUGCUGGUGAUCAAAUGGAAGCUGAGAGAAAUAACCUUUGUAAAUUGCGGUGCUUUCCGCCUGUUGCCUUGGCAUGGGAUUCUGUAUCUGGCCUACACAUCAUUCCAAAUAUAUACUCAGAGACUAUAGUGGUUGAUUCAUCACCUGCUUUUUGGGAUUCACCUGAAGGGACUGACAAAACUACAGUGCUGAUCCUGGCUGACCCACACUGCUCAUACAAAGUCACUUCUCGUGCUUCACUAAGUGAUGCGGCAAGCAGAUUCUUUUUAUUGUACUCAUCAGAGAUUCUUGGUUUCAUGGUGGCCAUAAUGUUUUUCGGCAUGAUGCGACAGACGUCAGCAUGGGAGUGUGAUUCUUCUGUGCCAUCCAUUUUGUCAGCCAUAGAGUCUAAUCUUGGACUCCCAAAGGCAUUCACGUUUCUUUGCUUCAUGCCAAUACUUGUAUUUUUUGCCUUUUUAAUUUUCACGACGGAGCAAAAACCACCACUUGGGACCUUCUUAUUGGUUACUAUUAUCUGCUACAUAGUUGCUAAUGGUUUCGCAAUUUUGUUGAUACUAAGUUCAAAAUUGUUUCUGUAUGCGGUUGCCAUUCUACAUGUCUUCACUAAAAGACGAUGGCAAUCAUGGGGGAAUGGUGUUCAAUCAGCAUUUCUUCGCCAAUUCCCCAGUUUCUCCUUCUCAUUUCAGUCACUGAAGACUGUGCAGAUGCUUAGGAACAAUCCAAAUAUAAUUGUAGCAGUUGCUACAUUACCACUCGUCUGUUUGGUUCAUCCGGCUAUUGGCCUUGGUCUGCUACUUCUCUCUCACGCCUUCCAUGCUCAUUCAAAUCUAUGCAGUUUUUUAGCAGCUUCUUUUCGUAGCAUAACUCAGAAAAAGGACCUGUAUAAGUCCAAGAUGGGCGAUGGUCCAGUUCUACUAUCCAAAAGUAAAUCAGAUGGGCUCCAGCAACUUCUGCCAAUGGAUGAUAGCCCAACAGCUUCUAAAAGCUUUACUGACAGUCAACUAGAACUGUUUGAUUAUCGGCAUGGUAUUAUGAUCUUGCAUCUUCUAAGCACACUCAUGUUUGUGCCUUCACUUGUUGCCUGGCUACAGAGAAUUGGCAUGGGACAGAAUUUUCCCUGGUUCAUCGAUUCUGCUAUUUGCGUUGGUGUUAUACUGCAUGGACUUUUUGGAUCCCAACCAAAUGUCAGCUGCUGCAUAUUUUUCAAGCUACCUGGGAGGAGAGGCCGUGAAGUUGGUCUGAGUUUCCUAUACCUCGUGGGUGGCUAUUAUUCCUUUGUCAGCUCCAUGGCAUUGGCACCUUAUAGGGCCUUGUAUGCCAUGGCGAUCAUUGGUUAUAUAUGCUUCAUUUCCAGAAUUAUUGAGAGAACAAAUAUGGUAAGGGGUGACAUUAGCUCUAGGAGGAGUCGGAAGCACUCACACAGACACUGA